AUGGUUGAAGUAGAAAUUGUUGAAAAAGAGAAAUUCCAAGAAAUUAUGUCUAAAAUUCGUAAUGAAAAUGAAAAGACUAAUUGGAUUUGUUUAACUUAUGAAGGACCAAAGAGUAAAAAACUUGUUAUUGCUGGUUCUGGUGAAGGAGGAGUUGAUGAAUUAAAAACACUUUUCAAAGAUACUGGAAUUUAUUUUGCAUUUGCUAGAGAUUUUGAUAAAAUUGAUGAUUCUAUUUGUGUUAAAUUUGCUUUCAUUGAAUUCAUUGGUGAUAAGUCUCCAAGACUUCAAAAGGCUGGUGUUGGAAUGCAACUUAGUUCAAUUCAAGAUCAAUUUGGACAAUUCCAUAUUACUCAUAUGUGUUCAGAUCUUGAAGAUGUUUCUGCAGAAAUUAUUUUAGCUAAGAUGAAGAAUGCUUCAGGAUCAGCUUCACACGUUCUUUAA